AUGGGUGACAACGUGGCGCCCUUGGCGCUCAGCUUCACACCGGCGGCGGCGGCCAGAGAGGUGGCGCUGGACCUUCAGGGGGCGCAGAUCACCUUCAACGAGCCCCUCUUCCUCAUCUCCGGCUCUGAGGCCCGGCUCAUGCGCUUGGACUCUGCCUCUGGCGAGGUGGACACCUACCGCGAGGUGCAGAAGCUGUCGCUGUCAAUGUCCUCCACGGGUGCUGAAGUGGAGCACUUGCUGAUCGCUCUCGGCCCGCUUGACCCAGACUCUGUGUACAGUAUCACCAUCCCUUCAGGUGCCCUCGUUGACCGAGCCAACAAUGCCUUUGUCGGAGUGCAGGUUGGAGAGUGGGCCUUUCGGAGCACCAUCAAGCCCCAGGUGGUGGAAUCCAAUGCCGGGGACUUCCCCCCAGGAGCCAUUGCAGGAAUCAUUGCGGCGGCUGUUCUCCUGAUUGCGAUCGCCAUCACGGGCAUCGCUUGCCAGCGCUGGAAGCUCGUGGCCAAAUUCGAGGACCGGAAGACUCGGCCUAUGGAAGGAGCCACGCCUAAGGCGUCGCAAGUGAAGGCGCUGGAGAACGAUACCGAGCUGCUGCCCAGCAACGAGAAGUAUUGGCAGAAGGCGCUGGUGCGCACCCAGGAGCUGGGGAACGGGCUGGACCCCGAGCUGGACACAGACGGUUUGGAGGAAUUGCCGCGAGACAUCCCCGGCACGGUGAAUUCCAGGCGUCCCUCCAAUGUCAGCUGUGGCAGCAACAACCCCUCCAACCACAGGCGUCCCUCCAAUGUCAGCGGCGGCAGCAACAACCCCUCCAACCACAGGCGCCCAUCCAACAUCGUCAACGGCCACAGCAAUCAUCCCUCCAACAGGCCCAACUCCAAGCUGUCCGCCGGCAGUCAGCGUCGACCUUCAAAGAAUUCCGCCGACGCCGCUGCCAGCUCAUGCUUGCGGCAGUUGGCGCUGGAAGGCAAGUCGGAGGUCCGGAGCCGCUCGCCAUCCGUGGAUGUGUCGAAUGCGUCGAGAAGCGGCAGGACGCAGGAGGAGGCUUCGAACCUUGCGGCGAAUAGGCUGGCCAUGCUCGGAGCUGGGCCGGCCACGCUUCCAAUCCCGCACAGGAGUCGCUCCCCGGCGCCCAGGAACAUCGUCACCUGACGCAUUUUACGAAUGCAUAGACUGAAU